AUGCUUGAAGUUUCGUACCCAAUGGAAAACGGAAUCGUGCGCAAUUGGGACGACAUGUGCUACCUUUGGGAUUACACGUUCGGCCAGCAGAAGUUAGAUAUCGAUCCGAAGGAAUGUAAAUUGUUGCUGACCGAACCGCCAAUGAAUCCGAACGCUAAUCGCGAACGAAUGCUACAAGUCAUGUUCGAGCAGUACGGCUUUCACAGUGUGUAUAUUGCGAUACAGGCAGUUCUGACUUUGUAUGCCCAAGGUCUCUUAACUGGAAUAGUGGUGGAUUCAGGCGAUGGCGUGACGCAUAUUUGCCCAGUUUAUCAGGGAUACGCCUUAAACCAUCUUACGCGCCGUCUGGACAUCGCAGGAAGAGACAUAACAAGAUAUCUGAUCAAACUGCUGCUGCUACGCGGUUACGCAUUCAAUCACUCUGCCGAUUUUGAUACCGUACGUCAACUGAAAGAGAAGUUGUGUUACAUAGCGUACGACGUUGAACAAGAAAAGAGACUGGCCCUAGAGACAGUCGUUUUGGUGGAACCGUUUACGCUUUCGGAUGGUCGUGUAAUAAGAGUGGGUGCUGAGCGAUUUGAAGCCCCAGAACUGCUUUUCCAGCCGCAUCUGAUCAACGUUGAAGGAACGGGCAUAUCUGAGAUGUUAUUCAACGUCAUCCAGGCGGCGGAUAUCGAUACUCGUCUCGAAUUCUACAAACAUAUCGUUUUGAGCGGCGGUUCUACGAUGUUUCCCGGUUUGCCAAGUAGGUUAGAGCGCGAGGUGAAACAGUUGUACUUAGAGCGGGUGCUGAAGGGCAACACGGAUGCUUUCAAGAAGUUCAAAAUCCGGAUCGAGGCUCCUCCUCUUCGGCAACACAUGGUAUUCUCAGGUGGUGCGGUUUUGUCAUACUUAAUGAGAGAUCGCGAUGAUUUUUGGAUGUCACGUGAUGAGUACUUGGAGAAAGGACUUUCUGUACUAUCGAAACUAGGGAUCAAGUGA